CGGGAUCGUGUACGACGUCAAACUGGUUUAACAAACAGAUGGCGCAUGCCAGACUCCCUCUACAGUGACAUGUUGGGCACAACUCAAGCUUUGAAAGCCAUUAACAUGCCCUUCAAUCAAGUACUAGCUCAUCAAAUCACUGGUAUGUACCCAACCUGUAAUCGCAACCUUAUGUAUUGCAAGGACUUUGCUUUCAUGAAUGAGCGACAGUGGAGUCUUCUCAAAAAGACUUCCAAGCCAAUUACCAAAGCAGAAGAUGCUGAGGUGCAGUCCAUGGGGACAAGUCGUUCAUUUCCAGGGAGUUAAAAUACUUGGAACUGAAUGAUGGACAGCAAUAUCUGUGAUUAUCUUUCUUUUUUAUGGUGAAUACAUCUGAUGUUGUAACUGCAGUUCCUCAUUUCCCUAUGUGGGUGAAUAAAAAUUAACACCAGUUCGAUUUUGUGAACAAAAUAAAUAUUAAAUUAAAUUUUAUAAUAUUAAAGGUUGUUUAAAAUAAAUUGUAAAAGUGAAAAAUGUUUCUGUUAUAUUAUUUUAUGUUUCUUAAUUUAAUGUUGUCUUAGAGCAAUUUAAUAUUUGUUAUAUUUCCCAUUCUUAAUUUAAUAAAUGGUUGAGUUUAUUACUUUAUUAUUUUUGAACACAUUGAGUUGCAUUGCACAAGUGAUCAAGACUAAGCUCAUUUACUAAUUGAACUCACUACAAAAAACAUAAUAGUUUAUGAUUACCAUUUAUACUUGUUCAUGAACUGAUUUGAAAUAAAAUAUUUUAGGGGAAUAUCUGUAAAGGUCGGUUUAUGUGGGAGGAGAUUUUUUUAAAAAAUUUCUGGGGAUAUUGAUUCUAAUAUAGAAAAAAAAUUGAGAAACAAGAAAUAGAAAAGGCUUUGUGCAAAAUUGGGUCCCAUUUUUUGUCCUCAUAUUACAACUGCCAUUAUUUAAUGUGUUUAGAGAGUAUCCAAGUACCUACAUUGAAUAAUGAAAUUGUUAUUUGGUGUUCCUAAUUUUAGAACUGUUCAGUAUGGUUACCACAUAUAUCAGUAGAUACACAAAACAAAUGUCUGUAUUAUACACAAUACUGUACACAAUGAGUUUAUAAAUCUUCAACUUACAAAAUAAUUUUUUUUUUAAAUUUUGAUUUUUUUAAAAAUAAUUUUUCUAGUUCCGUAUUGCUUCUACUGAAUUAUAAUAUCGUUAGGUUGGGUUAAACACUUUAUAAGCUACUCCUGACCAAAAAUAAAAGCGGGUCGGCUUAUAAAGGAAUGGGCUUAUGAAUGAGUAUAUACAGUAGUUCUAUUAAUACUUAAUAUUUAUGUCAAAUUUUCUAAACAUCAAAUUGGUUGCUUUUGUGUAUUUGUUCUGUUAACUAAUGUAAUUUUUAAAAGUUUAUUUUCUUAACUUUGUUAAACAUGAAAUAAUCUUUUGAAACAUGUUGCCUUUCAUUUAAUUCAUUUUGAAGGAUUUGUUACUGUGGGUCAAUUAAAUAUAAUUAAUUUCAAUGCAUUCUUUUACUGUUCAUAAUUAUAUUCAAAAUGAGCUAAUAAACACAUUAACUGACUUUGGAGUGUUUUAUUAUUAAUUUGCAUUAAUAAAGUUUGUUUUAUUACUAAUUCAUGGCAAUGCAAUCCUACAAUGAUGGAAUGCCAUUUUAUACCUAUUCUGAAUUGUAAAAUUUUGACAUUAACAUAAGUUUGGAGAAGCUAACCAAGAGUGCUAUUCUGAUUUACUUUGAUGGAGGGUAUGUAUCAAGUAUUAUUCAUCAUAUUUUGCUUUCAUUUUCUAUAAGUAUGAGAUCCUUUUUAACACUCUUGGUGACAUAGUUACUUAAAUAAUUCCUCAUUUUUCUGUUUAUAUUUUAAAUGUGCAAUUCUUCAACUGUGAAGAAUAAUUUUACUAGAAUUUUAUGUUUUAUUUUUUAGAGGAUAGUUUUAACCCAUUUGUUGGUUAUAAAAUUCCUAAUUUUGAAAAAAAAAUGUCAAAGAAGUUACAGUAACUAACAGGAGAUCAAAGCAGUCCUCAUGUUCCAAAGUUUCUCCUAUAGUAUGUAGGCACAGGUAAGUGUGCUAAUAAUACCCAAUAACUAUACUUCUUAUAUUUUUAAAAGUCCCCAUUCUUCUAGGCUUCAGAAUUCUUGACAGUUCCUUAAAAUAUCUCUGUAGUGAUUUCUUUGCAUGUUUAGUAACAGAAAAAAUAGUCAUUUAUUUAAGUUUGAAAAUGUUUCUUUUCUUUGCACAUUUCUUUUUAAUGGUUCAAUCUUUUAUGCCACUUACAGCACAUACUGUUAUAAUUUUUGUAUGUAGUUUUAGUGUAACAUAUUUAGAGUAGAGUUGUUGGAUCAUCGUUUUCUUUUUCCAUUUCUGUUUUUAAUGUAGUUGCAGUCAUUCUAAAUUCCUUUACACUUCUAAAUUAAAACAUAUUAAUAGUAAAAAUGUGGAGCUCAAAAUCUCAUAAAAUUCAUAGUAUUAAAAAAAAUAAUUAUUAUUCUUAUAAAAUUACAAACAUCAUUGACCUUUUCCUUCAACAUGAGUUAUAACACGUUUUUUUUAUAAUGGUUGAGAACAUCACAUGUCAUUGUAAAAUUACAAAUUAGUUUUUCAAAUUGUAAAUGUCUUUGAAUUUAAGCUCCAUGAUAAAUUUUAGUGGAUUAACUUUCUAUGUUUUAAACUGAAGAGAUGAAGUGGUAUAAAUAAAAAUUAAAUCAUUAAAUAGUGAUAACAUUAACAGAUAUGCACACACAUUGUCCUUUCUCUUUCUUUCUGUCUUGAUUUUAAAUCAAUUUUUUUGCUAUUAUUAUUUUUCAAGAAUCUAAAUAAUUCAAAAAUAAAAAUUCAUCUCUGUUAAAAUUGAAGAGGGAAACGAAAAAAAAAGCCACGAACUAACUAUUGAUAGAAGUGAUCUUAAAAUGUUAUAACUUUUACAAAAAUCUAUACCCAUAGAUGUCACUUUUUGUUGUAACCAGUUACUGAAACUGUGCUAGAAUUGAUUAUUUCAAAUAGUUGUUUCAUAAACUGAUCUGUUUCUUUAAUAUCAACAACAUUUCCAUCCUUCCGCAGGUUAUCCCAAAACUGUUGAUUUGUUCACAACAUCCUAUCAAAUCAAUGAUCAUCAAAAUGUUUUGCCGACAUUUACCCCAUUGUCAAGGAGUGAAAUAUCUCUUCAAAGUACUUCACAUCAGAAUACUUUUGUACCUGCAAUUGAUUUAAAAUAGUGAGCAUUUUUACAUUUUAUACUAAUAUUUUUAAAUAAAGGAAUGCUAAUUGAAUCUCCCAUAACAAUGACAAUGAGUAAUUAAAUAAUCUUCCUUUUUGUCCGUCUCAUAAGUGGUAUUUCAUUACUUACUAGUUAUAACUUGCUUUUUAAAAUAUUUAUCUCAAAUAUUCCAUUAAAUUAGAUGAGUUUUAGGUAUAUCAUAAUUGAGGACAAGAAGCUAACAUAAAAGCUGAGUAUCAUUAUGAGAGGAUAUAUUUGUUUAUCUUGAAAUAAUUAAUUGAGAAUUAUUUGACUGUCGUUGAAAGUUCCAAAAAAUCUGUAAAAUUUUGGUUUAGUAUUCAAUUUAUUGUACAGAAAGUUUCCAUUUCAGCUUAAACGUGUCUUUACCCAGCAGUAGUCAACCAAAAAGGCCUACAUCUAAGGAAAAGUGUCUCUAUAAAUCAUCAACAAAUAUGAGUACUCUGAGACCAGGUAAAAGUAUAAAAAAACAACAAAUUUAUUUAAUUUUAUUGUGAGCUACAAGAUAGUUUAGUGAAGAGGAAAAUGUUAUUUUUGGGGGGAUGAUGUGCAAAAAUGGGGGAGAGGAGUUUUAUAAAUAAUUUAUUAAUUUGAAAGAGUUUAAAGUGAAAUUUUUUUUCCUGUCUAAGGAUAUUUAAAUGUAUGCAAGCAAACUGGGGAUACUAUGAGAAAUGAAAUGAAUGGCAUUUAACAAAAAAUUAUUUUCUAAUAAAAUAGUUGGUAUCAUUUUUAAAAAGUUUAGAAGUCAACUUAUCAUGCCAAAAUAAAUGAGAACAAUUAAUUAAUACCCAUUAAAGAUAUUUAUUUGAAUAAAAAUCAUUCAUUAAUUAAAAUAUUUAAGUUAUUUAUGAUUAAUGUUUUAGGCAAGAAAAAAAAACUACUAAUCUUUGCAUUAUUAAAUAAAUUAUUAAACUUCUCUGUUUACAUAUUUAUUAGGAAAAGCUCACAAAAAGCAUGGUGAGUACAAAUAUAUAUCAUUGACAAAUGUCUUGUAAAGAGUUGUUUUUUAAAGUGAGACAUUUUUUUAUCAAUAAUUUUAGUGUUUAAAUAAAAUAUUAAUUUUAUCCUGUCUGCCCUUUUUAAAAACAAACAACAUUUUUUAAAAAACAGAAAUUAAGUAGAAUUGCAACUUUUACUCUACUAAAAUAAUAUUUUUAUCAAUAAGACCUUAUUAUUACAAAAAUUAAUUAUUCAAGUGUGGACUUUAUAACUUAACAUCUGACUAAUUGUAUUUUUGCAUUGCUGUGACACUAUUGAAAUAAUCCACUUUGCUUUAUUCUAUUAAUAUUGGAAAUUGUUUAGCAUUGCUUAAUUUUAAAAAAUUGUAAGUUAUUAUAUCAACAGCUUUUUUGUGCUUCACUAAAAUAUCACUAUGUGAACUCCACAUUAUAUUAAAUUCGAUAUUUACUAAUCUCAAUAUUCAAUUGCUGUUUCUUUUUCUACAGUCACCCUAAAAUUUCAACAUACUUAAGCCGACUUAAGAAGUCCUUGGUUGAUGGUAUGAAAAAUAGACACAGUGGUUUACUUUUAAAAGAGGGCAGUGCCAUAUUAACCAAUGGCUGGACCCCUAGGAUUCGAACUUCUUUGGCUCCCUCACAGCAUUGCCAUGGCAAGGCUAAAGGUUGUAUGGGAGCCUGCUUUUGGGGGGCCGCUGGGGUUUGGCCUAGUCAGCCUUAUGGAUAAUAUGGCCCUGCUAACAGGAAGCAAAAUACACAGCAAAUUUUUAAAACAAAUCAUGUUUCUAAAUGAUUAAAAUACUGAUUGAAAAAUAAUUAAGUCUAUUAAUAAUAGACAUUUAUAGGGGGAUUGUCUUACAUUGUUUCAAUAGUCACAUUUGAAUACGUGCAGUUAGUGCACAUUUUAAAAAUAUUUCAAUGAGUUUGAAACAACAUUAGUCAAACUGUAAUUGUCAUGUGUAAGCAAUUGCUUUAACAUUUUAUAUAUCAUUUUCUCCAAAGUUCAUUUUAUUUAAUUUGCAUUAACUAGUAAAUUGGUGACUUUUUACCAGAAUUUGUAUUGCCAUUAGCAUAAAACCAUUUUAAUUUAUUUUUCUUUUGUGAACUGGCUUACUCUAUUAAAGUUAAAAAUAAAGAAAUGAAAUGGAAUUGUAAAUUUAUAAUUAUUCCAUUAAUAUACGUACUUUUUUUGAAAACUGUCAGAGCAAAAGAGCCAUUUGGCUCAUAGUGUGGUUUAACCUUGAAAUUGCGUAGGUUAUUCUAUUUUUGAAUUCAUUGGUUGGCACCAGAGUGCAAGCCCUCCAUGACAUUUUACAAAAUAAUCCCAAUACAGCAUUUUACUUAUUUAAUUCAUUGAACCUCUCAUUUCAAUGUGGGUCAAUUCUAAAUUUGUAUACUUUCCGUUGGGUGCAUGGUAAAUUGUCAUUAUGGAUGUAUUGCAAUACUAUUAAUUCAAAAUGAAGGAGAAUUAAAUAGAUUGAGGCAACAAGAUGUUGCACUUACUUUAAUUUUAUAAUAUGUAUAAUGUUUCUUUUGCUUUCUGGUGCUUUUUUUGCAUUCUCUUUAUUUAUAGCAUUUUGUUUUUACUGAGUGGAGACUAAUAGAAAAUAAUAUUAAUCAAGUCUACUCUUUAAGUUUAAGUAAAUUACCUUUAUGUAAGGCCAGAGUAUGGGAGAGUAUUUGGAGUAAGGGGAUAACAAUAAAGGUAAAUUAGGAGGAGUGGUUGAGUUAAUGGGGGCUUUAAUUGGACUGGUGGGAAGACAAGAUUAAAGCUUUUUGAGGGAUCAGGACACAACCAACAGAGGAGCAAUAAGUAUAUCAAACUGCAUGGCAGAGGAUAGUUGGCUUCAGUUGCCAGAAAAGCAUUUUAGACAUCGUAAAAGAUAUAAUCUUGAAGGUGUUCAUCACCAAAGUACUUAUAGACUACAAGUCAAAUAUAAUUUAUUGCUUUUUUCCAAGAGGAAAUUUGUUAAAACUUAAUCAAUUCUCUGAUCCACAAAUUGAAAUUGUUAAGAUUGAUUUGAAGAGAGAAUGAAAGCUUCAGUCAGAUGGAAUAAAAUGAUAAACCUCACAUAUUGCAUUGCCAUUUCAUUGACAGUAACGAUUUAAAAGUUGUCUUAAUGUAGAUAAAAUAACAUACUUUAACAAAACAGAAAAUGUAUUUUGUUGUAUCAUCAGUUUGUAUUUGUCACAUGUCUCACAGACGUUCUAUUGAAAGCAUUGGGUAUGGAAUGGGAGCUGGACAGCCUUUCCUUUCACAAGUCUGAUGUUUUGUUUGAUCUGCUGAACAGUACUUUAGAUCUGAACACAAACAACAGUGACAUCACACCUCAAGAUCAAGACAAUGUAAAAAGGUAAUGAGCAAUCAGUUGCCCCAGUUUUGAGGAAGCUGUUAAAUUAAACACAGCAUUUGUAUAUGUUCAGGUGGUCAGGGAGAUAGUUGGGUGGCCGCCAGCUGUUGGGGGGUCAUUCUGAUAAUGCUGCUUUGCUGCUUCCCCCCCCCCCUCUCCCAGCACCUGCUAAAGAAUUUUCAACUGGGUGUAUUUAAACACUUCUAUCCCUGAUUGCAGUUAGUUACCUUGAUAUGCUGUCAUAAAAAUAAAAGGUACCUUGUAGGUGUACUAUGUGAGGAAAAAAAAAUUUAAUUCAUGUAUGGCAUCAUUCCGUCUUCAUGAGAUGAUGGAGUAGCUAUUGACUCUUCAUCAAAUGGCUUACAAGGCAUGACAGUCUUGGCUGCAUUUCUCGCAGGAGAACCUUGAUUCCUGGUUAAAUUUGGCCUUCUGCAAUAUAAAAAAUAAUGUAUAAUAAAUAUAUAUGCUGUCUCAAACAUGAGUGAUGGAUUCACUUUGCUUUCAAUUAUUUAUUUUAAAACUAAUAUUUUGAGUUCGAUAUUCAUCAUCUUAAGAUAUAGUUUUUAGUUAGUAUUAGUCUUACAUGCUAGAGGGAGUAUUUAUUAUAAUUUAAAUGACAUCAUUCUUUUAAAAAAAGGCCAAAAAUGUUUACAAGUUUUUACUCCAUGUAUAUUUUAGCUAAUUAAUUUGUUUUAUUUGAAAAUCUUAUGUAUUGCCUAAACAGCAUUGAGCCGACAAAAAUGGAUGGUGCACAGCCAAGUAAUAAUUCCAUUGAAAUUGAUCUUACUGAGAUUACUAAGCCCAGAGCUGUUGCAAAGAAGGGUGAUAUCACAGUGAUUGAUCUCCUUAUUGAUGACCCAUAUGUAACCCAGAGAGGUAAAUUUUGAAUUUAAUUAUUUUAUUGUUAAAUAAAAGUAAUCAGUUUUUAUGCAUCUGGGAUCUGAGACUCAAUUUUUAAAAAGCUUUGUGAUUUUCAAUCAAUAAUUUUGUAUUGCACUGUAGCUGUUUCUUGAAAGAAUAAUAUCAUUUGAAGUAUCUUAAUAUCCAAUUCUAUAUUGAUAUUAAAUCGUACAUUUAGAAAACUGAAUGUAUGUCAUGAAGAGAGUGUUGUUUUUUUAAAAUCAAUAAGGCAAGUCUUAAGCCAAUGUACCUUAAUAUCUUUGUCAGCCAUGACCACUGUGCUAAGUCAUCUGUACAGAGAGGAUGUUGAUAUUGACAGCAGAGAUGCAGCUGGUGUAUUUGCAACUUCCAUGGCACUUGGGUUUAAACAGCUUAAAGAAAGGUGAGAUUUGUAUGGUGUAUGUCAAAUAGUCAGUGGGUGUGGCUGAUUCUUGUUGUAAAAACAGGUUGACAGAAUUCAACAGCUUUUUUUUACACUCUGUCCAAUAGCUUACAGAGUAUAUUCUAUACUAUGCUUGUCUGUAUAAAUGAAUCAUGUUUAUUCCUAGGGAACUAAUAUCAUUAAAGGGAUGUUCACUGAUCUAUCAUGAGCUCUUCAUCUCUAAAAAUAUUUUUUUUUCAUUCAUGCAUAAAAAAUAUAAUUACUCCCUAACUUAUUUGAGCCCACCAUCUUCACUCAUUGUUUAGUCAAGAUCCCUUGCCCACAAAGUGAAUUUAACAGAGCUCAUUUGCUCCAAUAAAUAAUUAGUUCAAUGAAUAAUAAUAAACAUUUGACACUCACAUUCUAAUUAACUCGACUCUAUACAUUUUAUUUCUCAUAUAAUUAUUUAGCUUAGUGUUUUUUUUCUUUAAAUGUUUGUUACCUUUCUAUAAUGAUCAUAAUAAUUUGUAUUUCUUGUUUUUCAUAUCCAAUUUCAGCUGUAAACUAGUGAUGCUAAAUUCUAUAAGCUACAAGACAGUCUGUCAUUACUACUCAGUAGCUUCUAAGGUAAUCUAUCAAUAAAUAACAUUUCUUCUAGUAACUGGUAAAAACAUUAGUUUAUGAAAAAAAUUAAUGUUAGGAAAAAUAAAGAAAAUGUCAAUAAAAAUGCAUUCAUCAAUGAAUGAAUGAAAAUAAAAAUUUGGGAAUCAUAAUAAAAAACAAGACAACAAAUAUCAAUAAAAAGAUAAAAGUCUCAACCAAUGUUUCUUGGUUAUAUUCACUUUUUGUACUAACUAGCCACACAUUUCCUGUUUAAUAAAGGACAUAUAAGAAAAGACAGCUUGUUUAUCUUGGUUUAAAUGAUUAGUCAAAAUAACCUACAGAAAAAUUGACGUUAAAAAGCUAAUAAUUUUGUUAAAAAAUUUUGUCAGUUUAAAUAUUUGUAAAUUUACAGUUUGAUGAAGAGGAUGUUGUGAAAGUUUGUGAACACUGGCUUGAACUCAACUUAAUACAAGAUGUAAGAUCAAAUUAAUUUCAUGACAAUUAUUUGAUUGUUAUUUUAAUAUUUAAUAAGGAACAUAAAUUGAAACAAAAUUUUAAAAAACUUAAGAGUAGACUUCAGUACUUUGAGCAAAAAUGUAUCAAAUAAACUUCUUCUUUGUGUUAUACAGCUAACAUCAUAUUUCUAAAACAGUAUAUGCCGAGAUAUUCUGCACCCAAUGGCAUAUUAUAUGUUUAAAUUUUGUAAUUAAUUUAGAAACAUUUGAAAAUAUAAAAAAAUCAAACUCCACAUGUAUAUGUAAAUUUUAAGAUAGAUUAUUGCAAGAUUGGCAGUUAAGUAUUAUUAUUGAUUAAUAAUUGCUUUAAAUUAAUGCUUUAUCACUGAAUUGGCUGAAACAUUUUGUAAAUUACAGCUGGAAGGGAGUUUAAACUGAUUUAUUAAAAUUUUGGAAUUCUAUUUUGUCAUCUGUGUGAACCUAAGGCACUAUCAUGUUAAGUAUUUUAAUUACAGCAGAACUUUGAAGAUAUAAACAUGUAUCUAUUUAAAGUGUAACCAAUUACACUUCAAUCUUUGAUUCACACAGCUAUCAAAGCGCAUCCAACUGAGAGACCUGAGUAAUGAAUUGCUGGAGAAUACACUCAACUCUGACAGGUUAUUUAGCAAUAUUAUGAUUUUAUCCAUAUGUUAAAAAAAGAUGAGAUCUUUACCUGACAAUUGUUAUUGUAAUUUCAUGAUUCAAUGACUGGAGGAGACUGACUUGUAUCCAGUACCUGUACUUAGAAUUCAAAUUAACUUAUUCUGUGGUAGGGUUUGAUAGAUACUUACGUUAUUUUAUUAUUUAAACACCUUCAAUAUUUUUAAUGAACAUAUUUCAUUUGUGACAGGCUAUUUGUGCCAAGUGAAUACAGUGUGUACAAGACAGUGUCUUCCUGGCUGUUCCUUCAACUCAAUCCACAGUUGCAAGUCAUGCCGUCCUACACUGUGGUCAUCUCCUACUUCAACAGGUGUUAUUAGUUGAUUACAUUAUAACUUACUUUAUAAAAUCGUGUGUGAAGUUGAAAAACAUAAGAGUUGUAACUAGUCUAAGGGGCAUGUAUAGGUAGGGUGUGAUAAGAGUUGUAACUAGUCUAAGUGACAUGUAUAGGAAGGCUGUGAUGAAAAAAACUUAAUAUGUUACCCAAUGUGCUUGAGAUAUCAGGGUUUGGCGACAUAAAAGAAUCGGUAUAACCGAGGAGAAAAUGCUAAGAUUUAGAGAGAAUUUGGCGGUUCCACUUUAAAAACGUCGACAUAACGGGGUUGGCAAGUUAACUGAGGUCGAGAUAAGUGGGUUCAGUUGUAUAUUUUCUAGAAAUCUGAAAUACAAAAUGUAGUCCUUUUUUUUUAUUAGUAUGCCAAAGAGCAGCUCCUUUCUGGACUCGGAAUAUGGACAGGUGUACAAUUUUUUGUUUUCAAGUAUCCGGCUGCAUGGUAUCACUGACAGUGAGUACACAAGAAAUUGUGUCUUUAGUUGAAUUAUACAAAUAUCACAGAGAAGUUGUCAUCAAUUGUGAUUGACAUAAAUAACUUUUAAUAAUGGAAACCAUAAUGAUAUACUUUACUUAUAUUUGAUUUUGGUUCUUUAAAUAUAUUGAAAAUUCAAGCUAUGUUAUUAAUUUUAUUGUAGUCUCUCAAUGUUUUAAGUUUGAAGAUCAACUCACUGAAUAUUUUAAUGAUAUUUGGAGGGGGGGUUCAACUAGGACUUUAGUAGUGGAGUAAAUAAUUGUAUAACUCUGACUUAAGUUGUGUCAAUCUUGGAUUUUAAUAAUAGUGGCUGGGUUGUUUAAAUUACAAUAGAUUACAUAGAAUCAAGUUUUCCAUUACUUAUUCAUUUCACUUGGUGCCUGAUAAGUCCCUUACACCAAAUUGGAACCAACACAGUAACAAUUAUUUACAAUUCACCAUAUCUAUAGCUCUUUUAUUCUUUCUUGUUUUGUUCUUUCACAUUUAUUCUCUUCUUCUAUUGUACUCGUUAAAUUCAAGGUAAAGAUAUUCAGGACAUUCAAAUGAUGAACAUCUUACCUCAGAGCUCCAUUGUGGAGCUCUUGUCACAACAGAUCACAGCAGUGAGUGUUUCACUUUUAAAAUAAAACAUUGUUAUAUACUUAUUAGUUCAAAAACCAAAUUUCAAAUUAAAAACAAUUUCUUACUAAUAUAAAAACAAAUAUAAACAUUUAAUGAAAUAGAAAAGUAAUUGAGACAAGAGGUAUGAGAGUGAAACUUUUCCAUUCUCUGCAGAUUGUCAUUAGUGUCUGUAAUCUUUCAUUGACUCUUAGGUUGUUGACCAUGCGUUUACUAUGAAUUAACUAUACCCACUUCUCUUCAAUUCAUUGAAAUAAAAUGAAUAUAUAGGCUGGUGUUUAUUUAGCAAAGUGGGUAUAGUUAAUUCAUAGAGGUUACCUCAAUUUUCCGUUUGAUUAGAUUAGUUUAACUUACAUUUUAAAAUGAUUGAGGAGAAGAGGUUACCUCAAUUUUUUUGGUUGAUUAGAUUAGUUUAACUUACAUUUUAAAAUAAUUUUUUUUUAAAAUUACCCUAAAAUAAAGUCAUGAGAACAUUAACCGAAUUAUUUAAUAUGUCAAGAAAAUAAGCCCCUCAUAUGAUUGACAGAGUUGUAGAGCUAAAUCAUUACUUUCCUAUCUUGCACAGCUACAAUGUGGUGGUGAUAUGAUGGGACUAAAGCAGUUUAACACAGCGGCUGUUAGACAUGGAUUUGUACUGUGUGAUGUAUGUUUCUAACAUUAAGUUAUUUAUCAAAUUUUUCUCUGAAUUUUCAAAUGAGGACCAAUUUACUCAAAUAACCUUAAAAAUUGUAUUUUUAAAUCAACUGAAGAGCCUUGCACUGUCAUUGUGACAGCAAUCUUUUUUAAAUUUAAAUUUGAAAACUAAAUUCUUUGAUUAAAUUUUUUUUAUGAGUUUAAGCUUUCUGUAAAACAUUGGAAUUUUAAAUAAUAAUUAAUUAUAGAUUACUUAAUAGUGUAAUAUAGUUAAAUAACUGUGUUUAAGUUGAGUGAAUGAAAUAGUACGAACAUUGUUUUGGAAAUCCUAAAUAAUAAUAGAAGACAUGAGCAAAAAUUUUGGGUUAGAUCUUUCAUCAGAAACACAAUUAAAAGCAAAAGAGAAUGAAAUCAGAAUGUAGUUUAAGGAGGCUUGGCAAAAGUGGCUGAGCCGAAAAAAAAAAGUUACAACCAUGAGAUUAUAAAUCUAAUGAAGAGAUGAUAAAUUUUGUUAACAUUGCUAUGUUGCAAUUUAUGCUAGCCACUUCUAAUUGAUUAAUAUAAAUUUUGUUUGGAGACAUUGAAAAAGUAACAAAGAAGAAGUUAUGGGCUAGGUGUUGAUGUUGUUUAAAUAAUUUAAUUCCAACUAUUAAGAAAAAUGAGUGAACAUUAAACUCAUAUCUUUGUUAAAUCCUUUGACUCUGCUCUUAUAGGUUUCAUCACAUUCUGAAGUGUUAUCCCUCUAUGGCUUUCACUUUGAGUUGAAGGCAAAGAGGAAAGAUUAUGAAAGCUGCACAUUUCAGUUUUACUUUAAGGUAAAUUGAUAUAAGAGUAGAUUGUUUCAAAAUGCAAGAUUAGCUUAAAUGCGAAACGAUAAGGUGUAACAUUAAUUUGUACAAACUUCUAGCUAUUGAGUAUUUUCUAUUUGCAUGUAUGAUUUUGUAAUUUUUUUUAAAGUAAUAUGAUAUUGGAGAGCUAUAAAGAUAAAGCUCAUUCAUGAAAUAUAUUUCAUUUGCUAAAUUUUUGCCGAAAAUCCUUUUAAGGUGUGUGCUGUAAUACUUUUGGAGCUAAUUAAGGCCUUUGAGGCAAUAGUUUCACAUUACAUUUUUCACUAGAGACUUAAACCCAAUGAUCCCAUCCUGGGCUUCCAAAGCUGUGAGAGGAACACAUUCUCUCUGAGAUCUGAGAGGGAAGUGAGGUACUGUGUCACAGUCCAGUAUGACUUAAAUGGGAUCCAGUUCAUGGAAUCCUCUGGAGUUCUCUCUUCAAAGUUUGGACUUGGGCGGACCACCAGCAAGAGCAAGGUUAGUAAUAAGUUGUAACCUACAAAACUUGAAAUUAAUCAUUAUGCUUCUGCACAGUUUCAAUCUUGUAUAAUUAGAAUAAAUGUCCACUAGUUUUUCUCUUGCCUUGUUAAUGUUACAAAUGCUAAAAACAUCUUCUACAAUUUUCCUCUUCAGUGAAUUAACCCCCAUCCUCCCCAUUUGUUUUUCAUUCUAAAACUUCAAAUAUCAGAGUAACAAUAAUUGAUAAAAACUUUAUCAACAAUUUUUAUCAUUUCCAUUUAGUAGUUUUUAGACAAAGAGUCAACAAAUUCAUUUUUUUUCAACGCAUAAGAUAGGAAUUGGGCUGAAUACUAUUUAGAUAACAAUAGUCUUUAGCCCAAUAAUUCUAAUCUUAAGCUUUGAAUUUGAAAAAAUAAAUUUUUUGUCUCAUUUGUUUCUAGAAGAAUGACCAAGCUGUUACUCUUGUUUUCUGUUCUCACCAGAUUCUCUCUGUGGAUAUCCAAACCACGCCUGUGUAUAUUUCCUAUGCACUUCAGCUACCUCCAUCAUAGCACUUAAGAAGGUCAUAAUAUAAAGAAAACCAUAUAAAUAUAAAAAUUCUGUAGGAUGUAGGUUUUUUUUUACAUUACAAAUACUUUUAAAUAUUAGAUACUAGGAUUUUAUUAUCUACCUAUAUUGUCUUAGCUAAAGAAAUACAUUUUUCAAUCCAUUUUUUUUCAUUAGGCCAUAAAUAUUUUAUCCCCAAAGGUCAAUGUAAAUAGUUCUGUUUUGUAUGUGAUUUUUUUAUUAUAAAAUAUGUUAAAAUUAUUAAAAUGUUAACUUAUAAAACUAAAAUAUAUUUCAAAUAUGGUUUAUAAUUUUAUUUUUAAAUUUAACUCGUUUUUACAAGACCAUAACUUUAAAAAGAAUUAGUUUGUGCCUGCUUAUUAGACAUUUCAUUCUUGAUAAAUAAUCCAGUGAAACUUAAAACCAACUUGCUGCACAACUUUGUAUUAUUAAUAACUAGAUCAAGCCCACCGAACAUUGGGGACAGCAAUGAGUGAACUUCCAUGCUACUAAAGCUACUUGAAAAAACAUGAACUCAAGUAAUGCAUAUUUAAGAAUCCCAAUUUUUGCUGUACCCUUUGCCCCCAUGAUAUGUCACUGCACACUUUUUAUUCAUUAUACAGUCGUCUGAUUUUUUAAAAAUUUUUUAGAAAUCUAUGGUAAAAUAUCCUGCUUAAAGUUUGGGUUUGCAUUAUACCAGCAUGUACGUGUAAGGAAUUUUUCUUUAAAUGAUGUAUUAUACACAUGACUGUGCCUAUGCAACCAAAUCAACUUGACCCACUAGCUUUCCAUGACAAGCAUACAUCGUAUGAGCACAAAGAAAGUGAUUUAAGUAGCGCCACUUUGAAGGGAUGUUACCAUAGUUGUAUUUUUUUAAAAAAUAUAAUAAGGUUAAGAAUUUUGACAUCUUAAAAAAAAAAAAAAAUUCUUUAGUUAAAUCUUAUUGUAUUAUUAAUAACUAGAUAUAGCUCUCCAAACAUUGGCGACAGCAAUGAGUGAACUUCCAUUCGACUAAAGUUACUUGACAAAGUAUGAACUCAAGUAACGCAAAUUUAAGAAUCCCAAUUUUCGCUUUACCCCUUCCCCCCCCAUGAUACAUCACUGCACACUUUUUAUUUCAUGCCCAUGAACUAUAUUAAAUAUUCUGAUGUCCUAACUACUUUUAAAUCAAAUAUUUUUUACAUCAUACUUAAAUUGAGACGAUUUCAUUUUUUUGAAAAGAAAAUAUUACGCACCAAAGGCAGUUUGCAUUAUAAACAAAAAAUAAUCAUUCAGCGGUUAUGGUGAAUUAUAUUUUGCACGCUAGUGAACUCUUUAUUGAACAAUACUUUCUUUCAAACAUAUAGAAUUAUUUUUUAAUAUACUCUCACUACCAACUACGCUGAAUAGAAAGCAGCCAGCUUGUUAGGAAGUAGCCGGAAUUGGAAGCAGUCCACCAGUCACACCAAAAGGGUAAUAUAUAUAAGAGAUGUUAUGGAACAUUAAAAAACAUCAUUACAAUUGGACGUGGCAUUUUUGGCCUUUUUCUAAGAACAUGGUUUUGCAUCAUGUCAUGCACACUAAAAUUAGUAAUACAAGGUAACAGAUUCCUUUUAAAGUAUGUAUUGUCAUUUGUCGGCUAAUGUUUAUUUUAGUUUUAAAACAUAAUAAGUUUAUAAAUUAAUAGUUUAUGUAUAUAGUGGUGGAAACUAAAAGGAAAUUGCCAAUGUAAAGCAUUUCUCCUUGCUUUUCUUCCCUUAAUUAUACAAUUAAUAAUCUUUACAGACAAUUAAGAUACAUAUUUUUAGAAAUAGCGAGUACUUUAUUUUAAAGAUUCACGAAAUAAAAUAAAAAUACAACAAAC